AUGGCAGAUUUCACGACAAUCCUCCGCCCGUACGGGCGUAGACAGGCCCCGAUCCUUUCCAACGCCCAUAUAAAAACAACAGGGGCAAUGCUUUUUGAUAUUGACUGGUCUAUGAGAGGAGCUUUGAAGGUUUGUCUGGGCGGAAAAGAUGGUUCUCAAGAUAUCCAUGCUGAGACUGCAAAGAAGAGGCGCCGCACCACCAAAAGACCGUAUUCCAGGUCAAUCGUCGGUGCUUCCCUUGAUGUCAUCCAGAAGAAGAGAGCUGAGAAGCCUGAGGUCCGUGAUGCAGCCAGGGAAGCAGCUCUCCGCGAGAUCAAGGAACGCAUCAAGAAGACCAAGGAUGAGAAGAGAGCUAAGAAGGUGGAGGUGACGAAGUCCCAGAAGACCGCCGGAAGAGUCAAUGCUCCCAAACCCGGGAAGCGCUAGACUGUCAAAUUCUGAACUUAGUCAUUAGGAAGUUUUCGGCUCGAGCCUGCUGCUGCUGCCGCCGGUAUGCAGCUUCCGGGUGCAUAAACCUGCAGGUUGUUUAUCUGAUCAAUGUGAAGAUUGUCUCAUGCUUAUCCGGUUGAUG